UGUUUUAUUUUAAUUUAUGUGUUAUUGCUUAUUUUUGGAAUCAAGGCUGAAGAAGAAAGGAACUACCAUAUUUUCUACUGCAUGUUAGCAGGAAUGCCAAAGGAAGAAAAACAAGUUUUAUAUCUUGAAGAAGCUACCAAAUAUAAUUACCUGAUACAGGGUAAAUGCAUUACCUGUGAUGCAAGGAAUGAUGCAAUAGAUUUCACAGAAAUUAAGGCAGCCAUGAAAGUAUUGAUGUUUACUGAUCAGGAAAUUUGGGAAAUUAUGAAGAUUUUAGCAGCUCUCCUUCACAUAGGGAACAUAACAUACAGAGCAACAACAAUGAAUAACCUAGAUGCUACUGAGAUUACCAAUUCAAAAGCUGCCACCAGCACUGCAAAACUCUUACAGGUUAAUACCCAACAUCUCAUUGAUGCCUUGACAACAAAGACGAUAUUUGCACAAGGUGAUUCUGUAGUAUCUACAAUGAACUCAUCACAGGCACUAGAUGUUAGAGAUGCUUUUGUGAAAGGGAUUUAUGGACGAAUGUUUAUAUGGAUUGUCCAGAAGAUUAACUCUGCUGUGUACAAACCCAAAACCUUAAACUCACCUACAAGGCGGUCUAUUGGUGUACUUGACAUUUUUGGCUUUGAGAACUUUAUAGUGAAUAGUUUUGAACAGUUUUGCAUCAACUAUGCCAAUGAAAACUUGCAGCAGUUCUUUGUGCGACACAUCUUCAAGCUCGAGCAAGAAGAAUACAACCUAGAAGGUAUCAACUGGCAACAUAUAGAAUUUGUGGACAACCAGGACACCCUUGAUCUGAUUGCCAUGAAGCCUUUGAACAUAAUGGCUCUUGUGGAUGAAGAAAGCAAGUUUCCAAAGGGUACUGAUCAGACUAUGUUAAACAAAGUGCAUAAAACACAUGGCACUAACAGUAUUUACCUUAAGCCAAAAUCAGAUCUCAACACAUCUUUUGGAAUUGGACACUUUGCUGGUGUAGUUUUCUAUGACACAAGAGGCUUUCUUGAGAAAAACCGGGACACCUUUAGUGGAGACUUGAUACAGUUAAUCCAAGUCAGCAAUAACAAAUUCCUUAAGAAUAUUUUCUCAGAAGACAUUGGAAUGGGAACAGAUUCCCGAAAGAAAGCAUUAACCCUGGGGGCCCAGUUCAAAAAAUCUCUUGAUUCACUGAUGCGUGCUUUAGGCCAGUGUCAUCCAUUUUUUGUGAGGUGUAUCAAGCCAAAUGAAUUUAAGAAGUCAAGGAUGUUUGACAGGGAGCUGUGUUGCAAGCAGCUGCGUUACUCGGGAAUGAUGGAAACAAUUCGUAUAAGACGAGCCGGAUAUCCAAUCCGGCAUUCUUUUAGAGACUUUGUGGAUCGCUAUCGAUUCCUGAUCUCUGGAGUAGGCCUAUCACAUAAAAUUGACUGUAAAGCAGCUUCUGCAAAAAUUUGUGCAGGAGUACUUGGAAAAACAGACUUUCAACUUGGAAAGACAAAAGUCUUUUUAAAGGAUGCUCAUGACCUGUACCUGGAACAAGAAAGGGAUAGAGUUCUGACUCGUAAGAUUCUUAUCAUUCAGAAGACAGUCCGAUGCUGGUAUUAUCGGCGAAAAUUUUUGAAAAUGCGACAAAGUGCAAUUGUCAUUCAACGCUUCUGGAGAGGAUACAUACUUAAACGACAGUUUCUCAUCAUGAGAACAGGGUUUCAGAGGCUUCAAGCACUAAUACGUACAAGAAUACUCACUUCACGUUUUAAACAUUUGAGAAGACACAUUGUUGCUCUACAAGCUCGUUGUCGUGGGGUUGUGGUUCGUCAAGAAGCGAAGAAAAAAAUGAAAGCUAUUGUCAAGAUCCAGGCAUGUGCCAGAAGGAUGAUUGUUCAACGUCGAUAUUGGAAGGUUAAAAGAAAGCAUCAGUUAGUGAAGGAAGCAUUGAGAAACAGAGAUGAAGAAGAAGCUAUGUUGAGAAAAAAAAUGAAUGCUAAAAAAGCAAAAGAAGCUGCUGAACAGAAAUACAAGCAACGUCUUCAAGAAAUUGACAAACAACUUCAACAGGAAGAAAUAGCAGCAAGAAAAUCUAUGGAACAGAAAAGGCUAGCUCUCAAGAAGUCUUUGAAGAAACAAGAUGAACCUGUUGAUGAAUCAAAAUUGGUGGAUGACAUGUUUGACUUCUUGCCUCCUGGAGAAACCUCUCCUCUGGAACAGUCUGGUCCUUCCGCAUUUAAAGAUUUGGAACUCUCAGGAAAAAACACAAUCAAUCAGUUGCAACCAGAGGGAAAUGUUCCUUUAGCUCCAAAAGACUCUGAAGACCUGACAGAUUAUACCUUCCAGAAGUUUGCAGCAACAUACUUUCAGGGUAACCUUAGUCACGAAUAUCAGCGUAGGCAGUUGAAGAACUCUCUCCUUUCUCUACCAACACAAAGUGAUGUUCUGGCUGCCCUAGCCCUUUGGGUGACAAUUCUAAGGUUCAUGGGUGACUUGCCUGAGCCCAAAUUCAGGACAAUACAAAGGGACACUGGAUCUGUCAUGAGCAAGCUUUCGGCUACCUUAGGACGAAGUUUUGUAAAGAGUAAAGAAUAUCAACAGAUCAUGCAUGAAAAUGAAGAUAAAGUAGAGCCACAGAAGAUAAAAAAUAAGCUGAUUUCACUGACUCUGAAAAGAAAAAAUAAAUAUACAGAAGAUGUAAGACGUCGACUACAGGAGGAUGAUGAUACAGUUGACAUUUAUAGCACUUGGUUGGAGAGCCGGCCAACAUCUAACCUUGAGAAGCUUCAUUUUAUUAUUGGUCAUGGGAUUUUACGUGAGGAACUCAGAGAUGAAAUUUAUGUACAAAUCUGUAAACAACUGGUAAACAACCCAAACAAAAGUUCUCAGACCAGAGGUUGGAUUCUUCUCUCUCUCUGUGUUGGCUGUUUUGCUCCUUCAAGUGAGUUCGAGAAGUACCUUCUAAACUUCAUUCAGGAAGGUGUGCCGGGUUAUGCUCCAUACAUUGAGGAGAGGUUACGCAGGACUCUCAUGAAUGGAACCCGAACUCAACCCCCUUCAUGGCUGGAACUACAGGCUACAAAAUCCAAAAUACCACUUAUAUUGUCCAUUACAUUCAUGGAUGGAAUGACUAAAAAUCUUUAUGCAGAUUCUGCUACUACAGCUCAAGAAUUGUGUCAGCAGCUAGCUGAGAAGAUUGAGUUAAAAGAUUCGUUUGGUUUCUCUUUAUACAUUGCCCUUUUUGACAAGGUUUCUUCCCUGGGUAGUGGAAGUGAACAUAUCAUGGAUGCAAUAUCUCAGUGUGAACAGUAUGCCAAAGAACAAGGAGCACAAGAACGUAAUGCACCCUGGAGGAUAUUUUUCCGGAAAGAGAUUUUUGCACCUUGGCAUAAUCCUGUGGAAGAUCCUGUGGCUACCAACUUAAUAUUUAAACAAGUAGUGAGGGGUGUUAAGUUUGGAGAGUACCGGUGUGAGAAGGAAGAAGACCUGGCAAUGAUGGCAGCUCAGCAGUACUAUGUGGAACAUGGAACUGACAUGAACACAUCAAAGCUGCAUUCUCUAUUACCAAACUACAUUCCAGAGUACUAUCUUGAAUCCAGUAACAAAUCUAUUGAAAAAUGGGCCCAACAGACACUGUCUGCAUACAGAAUGAGCUACUAUUACAAAGAAAAAGUCCAUCCUGACAGAGUCAAAGAAGACAUUGUUGACUAUGCCAAAGUUAAGUGGCCUUUACACUUUUCUAAGUUUUAUGAAGUUCUCCGUUUCUCAGGACCUUAUCUUCCCAAGACAGAGAUGAUUAUAGCCAUCAACUGGACAGGAGUGUAUAUUGUUGACGGUACAGAAAAGGUGCUGCUGGAGUUGUCUUUUCCUGAAAUCAUUGCUGUAGAGUCUAAAGAAGGAAAUCGGCCAUUCAUCCAAGAAGUAACAAUUCACACAGUCAGGGGCGAAGCUUUUACGUUUAGUUCACCUACUGCCAAAGAUAUGGAAUUCUUGAUUGGGUACUUUUUGGAUGGUCUCAAGGCACGUUCACAAUAUGUUGUUGCCCUGCAAGAUAAUCAAGGAGAAAACUCGUCAUGUCUGUCUUUCAACAAAGGUGAUCUAAUUGUUUUAGAAGAAGAUUCUAAUGGUGACACAGUAGCCUCUAAUAGUUGGUGUUCUGGCCACUUGGAUAAGACUGGAAAGAAGGGAGAUUUUCGUUGUGAAACUGUGUAUGUCUUACCUACACUCACCAAACCACCUCCCAAGAUUAUAGUGCUGUUCACCCAGGAAGGUGCUGAACAGAGCAGACAACUGUUCUCCAGCCAGUCUGGUAAUGCAGAAUCUUCAGAUAAAUCUCAUACUCUUGAAGAGUAUGCCAUUGAUCACUUCCGACCUCCACCAAAAAAAUCUGUUCCUCGAAGCUCAACCCUAUUGUUAGCUCGUCGUCAUGAUACAGAACACUUGUGGGAACAUUCAAAAGAGCCUAUUAAACAACCUCUUCUUAAAAAACUACUAAUUUUAGAAGAGCUGGCCCAAGAAGCUUGUUUUGCAUUUAAUGCUAUCUUGAAAUAUAUGGGUGACCUUCCUUCAAGAAAAACUCGAGGAGGAAAUGAUUUAACCGACUGCAUAUUUGAUGGAGCCAUUAAAAACGAAAUUUUAAAGGAUGAAAUAUACUGUCAAAUUAUGAAGCAGCUAACCAACAACAAACAAAGAAUCAGUGAAGAACGAGGAUGGGAACUGAUGUGGUUAGCCACAGGACUUUUUGCACCUAGUCAGAACUUGUUGAAAGAACUCACAAUGUUUCUACGUACACGGAAUCAUCCAACAGCUUAUGACUCCAUUCAGAGAUUACAAAAAACUCUCAGGGUUGGACAGCGGAAGUACCCUCCACACAUGGUCGAAGUAGAAGCAAUACAACACAAGAGCACUCAGAUCUUUCAUAGAGUUUAUUUCCCUGAUGACUCAGAUGAGGCUUUUGAAGUAGAUUCCAGCACGAGGGCAAAGGAUCUUUGUUACAACAUAUCAGUUCGUCUCAAUCUACGAAGUGAUGAAGGGUUUAGUCUGUUUGUAAAAAUUGCAGAUAAAGUUUUCAGUGUUCAAGAGAGUAACUUCUUCUUUGAUUUUGUAAGACACCUAACUGACUGGGUGCGAAAGAACCGACCUGCUAGAGAAGGUGCUGCCCCACAGUUUGCCUAUCAGGUAUUUUUCUUGAAAAAGAUUUGGACAAACACAAUACCUAGGAAAGACAAGAAUGCUGAUAUCAUCUUCCAUUUCUACCAGGAACUUCCUAAACUUCUUCGUGGCUAUCAUAAAUGUAGUAUUGAAGAAGCUAUAAAACUGGCUGCUUUGGUUUAUCGAACCAAGUUUGGUGACAGAAAAGAAGAGUUGCAGUCCAUUCCGUAAGUAGAA